AUGAGUACCGAAACUAAAAUGGGUGACGAGAAUAACAAUAAACAUUUUGAAUAUCCCGAAAAUCCUGAAGACUUUGAUUUUAGUUCACUUACACUGGAGAGGGGUGACACUCCUCAAGAUAUUAAAGAAAGGUGUUUUGACUUGUGUCACGACUAUUUGGGAGGCGUAUGGCGUCGGGUGAACAUCGAUGACAUCGAAGUGAAGCGACUGAGCGGUGGUCUCACGAAUCAGUUAUACUAUUGUGCUCUCAAUGAAGACCAUAGAAAACUGGUAACAACUGAACCAAAAGAGGUGGCCAUCAGAUUGUAUUUGGAAAAGCAUUUCAAUAAUACUGAUCAUGAGGGCAAUGAGAGACUUACAGAUGUUAUUAUAGCUCUCAUUAUGUCUGAGAAGAAUUUGGGACCAAAAAUAUAUGGACUCUUUGAAGGCGGACAAAUCCAGAAAUAUUAUCAACACCAAUGCUUUCGUACGGAACAACACAAUGACUUAAAACUUGUACAAGAAUUGGCUCAAAAGUUGGCGAGAAUUCACUCAACAGUGGUUCCCAUAAAGAAGAACUCGAAUUGGAUUUUCGACUUUUUCGACAACUCAUACGACGACGCCUACAAACUGUUUGAUUUAAAGGCAUUGUAUAGAGAGACCAAUUGUGAGACAUUACUUAGACAUGAUUUGAAAGACGAGUUGGAAUGGCUUAAGAAAGUGAUCACUGAAAUCGAUUCCCCCAUAACUUUCACUCACAUAGACUUCAGG